CGUGAAUAUCUUACUUUGGAAUUUCUGUCUACUCGCUCAGACCAACUCUUCGUUUUCCACCAUUGCAAUGCCGCGUCCUAUUGAGAAACGACCUGUAAGAGUGGCCAACUGCUCCGGCUACCAUGGCGAUCCCGCAUACGAAAUGUACCGCCAAGCGACAUUGGGCGACGUCGAUUUCAUCACCGGUGACUAUCUUGCAGAGGUCAACCUAGCCAACAAUGCGCAGGCCUGGAGAAGUGGGAAGCAUCCAGGGUACGAGCCAACCGCCUGGGAUGGCCUUGAGCAGACGAUCGACGUCCUCGCCCAAAAGGGAAUCCGAGUGGUCAUCAACGGAGGCGCUCUAGACCCUAAAGCCCUUGCUUUACGAGUGAAGGCACUGGUUGCGGAAAAGAAUCUCCGCCUUUCCGUCGCGUAUCUCUCGGGCGACGAUAUGUAUCCAGCUUUGGGUCCCAAUAUGCCCACUACCAAGGAGGAAUUGCGUCAUCUCGACUCCGGUAACCCAUCCGCAGCUCCAGCUGAGCUCACCUACGCCUUCCUCAACAAUGGUGGAAAGCCAGUACCCAUGGUAUCAGCACACGCGUACCUUGGAGCUCGAGGCAUUGUCGAUGGUUUGCGACGGGGAGCGGACAUCAUCAUCUGCGGCCGAGUGGCUGAUGCCAGUCCCGUUAUUGCCGCUGCUUGGUUCUGGCAUGACUGGUCUGAGCAGCAUUAUGACGAACUCGCAGGUUCUUUGAUUGCGGGCCAUCUCAUUGAAUGCUCGACGUAUGUGACUGGCGGUAAUUUCGCUGGCUUCGAUAAGUAUGACCUGGACGAACUCGUCGCCCCAGGUUUUCCCAUCGCUGAAAUUGCUAUCGAUGGCACAUGUGUGAUUACCAAACAUCCUGGAACAUCUGGUUUCAUUAACACGGACACCGUGCGCUGUCAGUUUCUCUACGAGCUACAAGGAAAUACCUAUUUCAACAGCGACGUUAGCGCUCAUAUUGCCGAUCUACGCGUUGAAGAUGCAGGGAAAGAUCGUGUACACGUAUUUGGAGUUCGCGGAACACCACCGCCAUCGACCACUAAAUGCGCGGUCUUUUACCAAGGAGGAUAUGAGUGCCAACUCCUACUCAAUGCGGCAGGAUAUGCGACUUCCAAGAAAUGGGAUCUUUUUGAGAAACAACUCCGCCACUUCAUUCCUGAAUUAGUGAUGAGCGACCUGGAGACACUGGAGUUUCAACGAGUUGGGGUCCCCGCUCAAAACCCGAGCAGUCAACUGGAGAGCACGACCUACCUUCGAGUCUUCAUUACCUCUCAAAAAGAGUCCGCUGUAGCUGCAGCAGCAAAGGCGAUGGGCAACAUCUCCCUGAAGCAUUUCUCUGGUUUCCAUGCGUCAUUGGAUUCGCGAUCUGCCGUACCCCGGCCUUUCCUCGCAUACUACCCUGCGUUGAUCAAGCAAUCAGACAUUGAUGAAACAAUCAACUUCAUCGAAGAAUCCGACAAGAUUGUCUCUUUCGGAACCGGGCACCCGCCCCAAUACGAAGAAUCUGGCAUUCGAGACAACUACGACCCUGAAAACCCACAAACAUACAACUGCAACACCAAAGAAAUGCGAUUGGGGGAUAUCGCUCUCGCUCGAUCGGGGGAUAAGGGAGGAAAUCUCAACGUGGGAUUUUUCCCUACAAACCCCAACCACUGGCCUUGGCUUCGAGCUUAUAUGACCAAGGACCGUAUGCGCCAACUACUCGGGCAAGACUGGCGUGAUAGCUUCUUCAUCGAGCGCGUUGAAUUCUCUCAUAUUCACGCAGUUCAUUUUGUUAUUUAUGGUAUCUUGGGACGCGGCGUGAGCAGUUCUAGCCGCCUCGAUGGCUUUGGAAAGGAACUUCGCGGAUUACCUCCGUGACAAGGUCGUUCAAGUUCCUGUGGAGAUCAUCUAGGCUUUGCAUGUCACGUAGUCUCCAUAGUAUCAUUCUAUUCCUGUUUUCCUUUUAUUAACGAAUAUCAAGCGCUCAAGUGCGGGUGCCAUACGUUUCGG